AUGGAGCGAAUGAGCGGGUUGCCGAUGAUCAAAUGUUCAUCAUGUGGGAUUGACAUUGACAUCUUGCAACUAGCCGAUCAUGUCUGUGCUACAGCUCCUCCACCAGCAGCACCUUCAGCUCCACCUCCAGCUUCAGCAGCACACGUCCAACCUCACCCGGAAGCGCCUGUCCCAGAAACACUAUCGCCAAAGCUUGAACGUGCCACAACCUUUGGAGGUCCAUCCUUCAGUGCGAGAUAUGAGAAGCAAGCGUAUUCCUCAGGUCGCAUGCCGGCACCACCCAGAAUAGACUCGCAAGCAGCCAAUAAACCUUUUCGCCCUCUCGAGCCGUCGCCAAUGAGCAGCAACUACAGCGAUCCAAGAAGUCAUUCCCCGCUGCCAUCUGCACCUUUGAGAUCGCCCUACCCUCUGAAUCGAAGCGCAACAAGCCCUGUUCCACCCUUCGUCUCGCCUCCUUCUCCAGACAUGUAUGCUAACAUGGACUCGGCGUUUCCGCGAUUUCCUACAAAAGCUACACCUCGAAGCCCAAGACCACAAGAGCAUGACAGGCUCAACACCACGUACAAUCAGCGUUACGCCGAACCCAGUCCUCUUUUUGCGCCGCUCAGUCCUCGCACGAAUGGGGGCGAGAGCGUGUCAAAACGCAUGGACAGUAUUGCACCUGGUCCCUUCGACAGUCGACGCCCAAGCACAGCUAGUGCACCCAGAUCACCUUCGCAGGAGCAACCACUUGGGCACAGAAGGACAGAGACACAGGGUAGCAUAAGAAGUAUUGGGGGUGGAUCGAUUUCAAGGACGUCGCUGGCGUCAAGUACGUCACGAGCUUCGGCACAUUCGAACCGCAGCGCAGGUCUUCCCAGCCGAGGAAAGCCUGAACCGGUAGCAGCAAUGCCUGCACCUCCACUAGCAGCUGCGACUGUAGAAGACGAAGGCAUCGAUGCUUUCCUUGGGCGUUUACAGAACGAAGCUAAGCGCCCGGGACAACUAAGCCAGGACGAUAGGUCGAAGAUAUACCCUCUACGCAAGGAAAGCCAAGAAAGGAAAGGACCACCGCCGCGACCAAGGAGACCUUCCGAGAAAGAUCUGCCUCCAGCAAACAUUGCUGAGUACAAGACUUCAGACUUCGCCCCUCGAUCGAACAACAUGUUCCCUUCGCGUAACCCCAGCCGGACAGAAUCGGAAUCAGGCUUGCGACAGGGUCCUGUACCCACGAGGUCAUUGCAGCCAUCACCACCACCAGUUAUUCCCAACUACACCACAGACACGCCGAUUGUUCCACUUCAUACACCAUCCGAUUCGGGUUUGUCAGAUGAUUCGUACGCUAGCUAUACUACUCGAAGUGUUGCAAGCUCGCGAUCGAGCCCGCCUAGCUCUGAAGUAGGACACUCCCGCAGUGUAUCAAAAGUUAGUCGUUCGGAUUAUCUUGCGGAGGAGAGCCUUCAGAGAACCGUGAGUCCUGACUCAUACGCCGAGGCAAAGCCUCUGCCUUCUCAGACACAAGGUCGAAGAGCGCCUACAAGCUACACGCGUCCCAACCUUCCUGAGCCGAUUCCACAGAUCCUGUCACCUGGGUUCCCUAGUCCCCGUGCACCUGAAUCCCCCUUGGACCCCGCAAUUCAGCUGGGUGAGUCGUUCGAGAGACGGCCGAAAGAGCCGCCUGUGCUACAAGACCCCGCCUUAAAUCUCGCCCAGGGUCCUCCAAGACGCAGGCCAGGAUCUGGACCGCGGCAGGCAGAGGUACGCCGACCAGCACCUGCAAACAAAGGCAGUUGUCGCGGUUGUUCCGAGCUUAUUGUCGGCAAGUCCGUCAAAGACUCGUCAGGUCGCCUAACCGGACGUUACCACAGGUCCUGUUUCGUCUGUCAGGUCUGUGGCGACGGCUUCCCAACCGCCGAAUUUUACGUCUUCGAAAACGCGCCGUACUGUGAGCAUCACUAUCACAAGCUCAAUGGGUCUCUCUGCAACUCCUGUAAUCGCGGCAUUGAGGGUCAAUACCUGGAGACAGACGCGCGCCAAAAGUUCCAUCCGCGGUGCUUUACUUGUUCUACGUGCAGAGUUCCACUGAGUGCCGAUUACUACGAGGUUGGCGGGCAAAUGCUUUGCGAGCGACACGGCCAACGAGCUGCAGCUCCACGGCAAAACUACCUUGGUCCUGGUGACUAUCGUCCUCGAAAUGUGCAGAAGCGCCGAACAAGACUCAUGAUGAUGUAA